CCUGCUAAAAAUACUGAAUAAGCCCCAAUACUUCCCAUUCUGAUACGGAACAUCUGCUGCUCAAAAUAUUAAAUAAAUAGCAUAUAGACAUGUUUCAUUGUUCUGAUAUAUGUGUUUCUAACUUUCAGCAUACUACGACCAACGCCGGGUGGAGCACUUAAUAAUCAACAACCAACCACCGAAGCUUCGGGCAGAGACCUGGUGAGUCCUUCCCAGCUCAUGUCACUAGAUGUUCCCACAACUCAGAGCUGAACUGAAUGAAAUGGGCUCUGUAUUCACCAGAUAAAGCUAAAAGCUCUUUUUCCUUUCUUUACAGGUCACAACAAUUCGUGUCCUUCUUGGACUCCUGCCUGAAGAAGGAUCCUGCGGAGCGAUGGAGCGCUGAGGAGCUCCUGCAGCACCCCUUCAUCGCUGGACUGCCGCCUAAGAAGAUCGUCAGGGCUGAGAUUCGAGAACAUCUUCAGGCUCUGAAGAAGUGGCCGGCCAAGAAAGGAGUGAAGGAAGCAGCUCUCUGGGCCAGGAAACAGCUGCGUCGCACUUGUUACUUCUGCGCACACAAGACCUUGGCAGAAGAAAAAGCGGCUCAGCAAAUGGCACUGGAGGGCUUUCCUUGUUGUUGAUCCUGUGGCCAAUAACAUCUAAAGCCCAGGAUGAGUCUCCGCAACAACAUCCUAGGAGAAAGAAACACAGACAGAGAAAGGUACCGUCUCCAUUUAAUCAAACAAAA